AUGGCGAUAGGGUAUCCAAUGAUUCAACAAAGGUUGCACAUCGACAGCGGUACUGAUCUCACUUAUGUCCUCCAGAAUCCUCACUCCGACUAUAAUCCGUUGGCGUCAUCAUCGUUUCGGUAUCGAAGUUGUCUCGGAUUAAGAUCAGCCUCAUUGACUCCGGGUGCGAUGAAGGGACGAUGUGAUUUCGAAAAAAGAGGGCAGCUAGCGGGGACGGGCACCCUAGGGUUAGCUCCGGGUGAUCUGUCCAUAACUAGUUCCUUUAAUAAAACAUUCUCGAUCUGCCUAGGAAACCUUAAUAGGUUUCAGAGAACAAAUGAGUUUCUCGCUUUAGGAGAUGGUGCAGUAUUGUCUGGACCGACUGUAGCACUAGGAAAUCUACUUAAUGUCACUAUGACCUCAAUAGCCAUCAAUGAACAAAAUCUAGGUUUAGAUAUUCUGUUGUCCAUGUCCCUUACAAUAAUGGACACAGGACAUUCUGCUCUUUCUUUGGUCUCAAAUGCAUACCAUGCUGUCAUUGGAAAUAUCAAAGAAAAAAUGGUGGCUUAUGAAAACGCGUACACGACGGAUUAUAAUCCAUUGUUAUGUUACAACGGGAAGAUACCAAAAAACCUGGGAAUAAACCUGAGCCUCGGAAUUGGCAAUGUAACAAUCAAUUUUCCUAAGAGGAAGCUAUUCUACCAGAUGCGCCGUGACGUGUAUUGUCUGAUUGUGGAUGAGUCAGUAAAUGGAAGAAAUUACAUUGGAAUUAUGGCGUUUCAAGAUCUUAACGUUGGGUUUGAUAUUCCGAAUCAGAAGCUCUAUAUAAAAUCUAUAGAUUGUAAUAUCUUGUUUGAUGAUUACAAGGAUGAACUAGAUCAUCCAAAUCCAUAA